AUGAAGUUGACGUUGGCGCUGCUGUUCUUGUGCUUUACGCGCGGAGAUGGGGCCACACCGGCUCCAGAGGAAUCCUUCAUGUCCUUGGCCGAGCUGGAGGAUUCUCUGCUGAAGAAUCUGUUUAAUGGAUACCAGAAGUGGGUUCGGCCCGUUCAUCACGCUAACGACACCAUCACCGUUCGCUUUGGCCUCAAAAUCUCUCAACUCGUCGACGUGGACGAGAAGAAUCAGCUGAUGACCACGAAUGUGUGGCUCUGGCAGGAAUGGAUUGAUGUCAAACUUAAGUGGAACCCAGACGAGUAUGGCGGCAUUACCUCUAUCCGUGUACCAUCUGAAACAAUAUGGCUCCCAGACAUUGUCCUCUAUGAGAAUGCUGACGGCCGCUUCGAAGGCUCCCUCAUGACCAAAGCCAUAGUCCGCUGGGAUGGCACAAUCACCUGGACGCCGCCUGCCAGCUACAAAUCUUCCUGCACCAUGGAUGUCACCUUUUUCCCCUUCGAUCGACAAAACUGCCCCAUGAAAUUCGGCUCUUGGACUUAUGACGGCAAUAUGGUGGACCUGGUGUUGGUGGACCACUACGUCGACCGCAAAGACUUCUUCGACAACGGCGAGUGGGAGAUUCUGAACGCCACGGGGGCGAGGGGAAGCAGGCGGGACGAGAUGUAUUGGUACCCCUUUGUCACGUACUCCUUCAUCCUCAAAAGGCUGCCACUGUUCUACACGCUGUUCCUGAUAAUCCCGUGUUUAGGGCUGUCCUUCUUGACUGUCCUUGUGUUUUAUCUCCCAUCGGACGAGGGCGAGAAACUGUCUCUGUCCACGUCCGUGCUGGUGUCUCUGACUGUGUUCCUGUUGGUCAUAGAAGAAAUCAUACCGUCCUCUUCUAAGGUGAUUCCUUUAAUCGGUGAGUAUCUGCUCUUCAUCAUGAUCUUUGUCACCUUCUCCAUCAUCGUCACGGUGUUUGUCAUAAACGUGCACCACCGCUCCUCCACCACGUACCACCCCAUGGCCCCCUGGGUAAAGAGCCUGUUCCUGCAGAGACUGCCCCGCCUGCUGUGCAUGAGAGGACACACCGACAGAUUCCACUUCCCCGACAUCGAGCUGCGCAGCCCGGAGCCAAAGUCUCGCCGAGGGGUGAAGAAGGGGGUCCCAGGGCAGAGGUGCACUCUGGGAGCCAAGGAGGAGGAGGACUGGCUCACGAUGCUGGAGAAAGCCACUAACUCAGUGCGCUACAUCAGCCGCCACAUCAAGAAGGAGCACUUUAUUAGAGAGGUGGUGCAGGACUGGAAGUUUGUGGCUCAGGUGCUGGACAGAAUCUUCCUUUGGGCCUUCCUCACGGUCUCCAUCCUGGGAACGGUUCUUAUCUUCACUCCAGCUCUUUAUCUGUUCUUCAGCACGCCCACAUGA